CGAUAAGCCGCCUCGGGAUAUGGCAGGAGUUGUAAUUAACAUUGGGCGUCUUGCGCGCUUGCUGCGGCGAGGUUGGGCUGCGGCGUGCAAGCAAGUAUAGGAAGCGAAAAGCUUUACUGUGGGAGGCAACAGCUUAGCGUCCUUCCAUCUUACAUUUGCUAACGCGACAAGCCUUGCUUUAGAGUCACAUCCUUCAAUUCACAACUAGCAUGAAGUGCCGAGUCCUUUAGCUUUUAACGACAAGGUAUAGUUGGAAUUGUAGUUCGAUUCAAUAUGAAUAUUACAAACAGCGAUGCGUUGGACGCUAUGGUUUCAAUCGGGCGGCAGGCGCUGGAGCGUGGCAAGGUCGACCAGGCCUUGACCAUCUUAUCGGGGGUGUUAAGCAAGGCGCCUAAUCACCCGCUGGCAUGGUUUAGCCUGGGCAGGGCUCACCUGCUCAAGGGUGCACAUGACCACGCGGCCAUGUGCUAUCACCGAGCUGCAGCUCUUGCUCGUACAGCACGAGGCGUGCCCGCCAACCUGCCCCGACUAGCACGCGACAACAUGGUUCUGUGUGGCGACAAGGUACUGCCCGCCGCCUGGCUGCCCGCGAUGCAGGAUCCCUACCAUGCGGAGAAGUGGGGAGCGGCGCUGCAGAGCUUGGCAGCGGCGCUAACGCAACUGCCGUACACAACAACAGCCCCGGAGCAAACCGUUGGCGGUAACGGAAGCAACAACGACAACCGCCGGCAGGUCUACGUGGCGGGGGGUAUAGGGCUUCAGGCGCUGGCCUUGCAUGGGUUACUGACGGCGGGAACCCAAGCAGCAGCGACGCCGGCGGCGGCAGGUACGG